CAACAGUUUGAAGAGGGGGACGUCGACUACGCUCACAUAAUCAACAUUACGCUUCAGAAUGAGAUAAAAACUACUAUUGACUUAGGUUUUACGGGAAUUUUAAGGGCGAAGCUUGAAAUGAUCUCCAACUACAAGUUUGUAGGCAACUUUUCGUUCGUACAAGGAAAUGGAAAUGUCGCUGGAUGAAAUCGUGGACUUAUGGGGAAAUGUGGGCGCUUCCAUUGAACAAAACGAUCAUUUUGAUAAACAGUAACAACGUCCAAGCUUUUUAUUAGAUGUGCUUUGUUAUAUUUUUCUAGAUUAUGUCAGUAAAUCAGUCAUGAUAUACUGUAAAUGAGCACAAAAGUAGAUACAAGAGGAUAACUGAAUUAAGAACACAGCCGAGUAUGAAAACUGCUGACGCAUCUGAGUUUAUCAUGAUUAGAAUGAACAUAAAAGCAAUCGAAAUUUCAAAGAUCAAUAAACAAUUAGUGACUGAAGAAAAAAGGUCUAUCUUACUUAAAUUUCCUUCAAUACCAACAACUUCAUGAGGCAUAUGUGAACUGAGCUGUGAUUAACACUAAUUUUCAUUAUAAUGUUGCUUAAUAUGUCCAUCUGUUCUUGAGAAACCUUCUAGUAUGAAACAAAAAAAUAUGUACACAACAAAGUUCUCGUUAUGACAAAACAUCAGAUGAUACAAAUCCGCUUAAGGAUUCGUGUUCCACUCGAUCAACAAAAAAUCUUUUAGGAUACUCUUGCAAUCAGGAACAAACAAGUAAUAUAAGUAUUACAAAUUGUGUAGAAAAGGGUUCAACACUCGAGAUAAAAAAAAAAAAAAAAAAUGAUAUGACUGUUCUUCUUUCAAUCCUAUAUUUAGUUACAAUUGUUCAUGCCAGUUAAAGAAAAAUUUGAAUACAGUUCAAGGAAAAUAUCAGGUAUUUAUGAAAAUUUGUAAAGAAUCUUCUAAUAGAGUUUUGGAACCUGGUGUGGCAUGAAGCAAAAAUAUAUUUGUCGACUCACUAUAUCUCAAUUAAAUUAAGAAUGAAAGUUUGAUGACUCAUCUGAAAACAUGUUUAAAUGCGAAGAGCCUCAAACAAAGUUUUGAAACUGACCGAACAGAAUAAAAGUUUGUUUGUGAAACCUAAAAAAACAAUUCCAAUUGUGUAACCAAAUAACACAAAGGAAAUCGAGAGCAUCAAACGAACUGAUUCGUAUAAGGGAGUGGCAUAAAUGAGUCUCACUGAAUUCAGCUUCGGAGAAGAGUUUGUCAAAUUACUUUACGGGGUGAAAAUAUAGAGCCUUGUUCACUUAAAAAAAGAAGAAGAAGAAAAAAAAAGGUAAAUUGGCUAUUCGGAAAGUGGAAGGGGGAGGAGGGAGGGCACAGGUGUGGACGGUAACUGGGUGAAAGAAUGCUGAGUCUCGAUGCCACAGUUCACAUCCUCUGGCUAGGGACGACCAUAGCCGCAUGUCUCAGUGGAGUGACAGUCCUGACCGCGCUAAGCAUUGACGCCUGGCUCAAGUCGGAGGAAAAGAUCCUGAACCCAUCCUACAGAAACGGGUCCUCCAAGAUCGAGUUCCUCAGCAAGAAGACGAAAAGUGGACUCUUCACCCUCUGUGCUACUGACGUCGGGAAAUCUGAGUUCCAGUGCCAGAAAAUUGACUAUUUUCCUUCGGAAGAAUACAGUCCUGACCCCAACGACUCUACUAUGGCAAUUCCUCAUACUGUUCUGAAAUCCGUGGGGUUCUUUCUGACUGCUGUAGUCCUGCUCACUUUAGCUGAAAUCUUUUGUAUUAGUGGUCACUGUUGUAGCAGACGUCGGUUUUUUACCUUUCUUUCUGGCAUCACCUUUAUUAUCUCAGGGCUCUUCAUGAUGCUGGGAAUGGUAAUAUACAUUGCAACACUGAAGGGAGAAGUUGCCGAGAAACUAAGGCCGCGCUCCACGUUCCAACCUCCCCUUUUCGUGUACACUUAUGGCUGGAGCUGUUACCUGAUUAUGCUUGGAUUCAUAACUACGGAGAUUGCCGGAAUAACAGCAGUAUUCCUGUACAUUUACUGGCAUAAGCGUGACUGGAGCAAAAAAGAAGAACAGAAAUACCAUUCUCAGUUACUAGAGACACCUCCGCCAUGUCUCAAGCACCCUCGUCAACGUAGCUUCUCUUUUCACAGCAGUGUUGAACCUACAGAUUCCUUAGAGAUCCCAGUGGUUAGAAGAAGCAGAAGUCAGCAGUAUCUUGACCACCAACCACAGGAGCAGUCCACCUUACCAUGCCAUCCUAAUCACGUAGGACACAACCACAUAAACCAUCCAAACCAUAAACACAUCAAGCAUUACAACCAUCAGCAUAAUCACCAGCAACAUCAGCUAUCUUACCAGAAGCCUCACCAUGACACGUUUUCACCUCAUUACCACAAAGAUCUUCAGAGAAGCAAUUGUGACUUAGAGAAAAAUCCUCAGUCAUAUCAUCAGUUUUCUCGUUCUCUGCAGCAUCAGCAACAUCGUCCAGUGCAAGAACAUCAGUCACAACCUCCGAGCUAUCCAUAUCAUCAGCAACAUUCAUAUCCGGAAGCAAGCAGCAGCCAACAUAGUGUUCAUUGGAGCAACAAAUCCUUAGAUAAUGUACCACGGAGUGGUCGCUCUCUUAACGAACUCAGCAAGAGUAAUUACCUGGAUGACGCACUGUUGUCUAGGAGUGGCACCCUUCCUAGAACACAUGGCAGAGAAAGUGGAAAUAUCCUAAGGGGAGGUGGCACAUUACCUAGGUCUUUUCCAAGGUCUUACGAUACUCUAUGCAGUCCUCAGAUGAGAGAUGGAGAAGGAAGCCUCUCACGUAAUUAUGCUAAAGAUGACAUAGAACUUUACAGUUCCUAUGCAAGGAGAGGGUACCAGUAUUCGAAUAGUGGACAGUGUAAUGUUGGCACGGGAAAUCAGCUUUGUACUGGUCAAGGAGGCGCGUGUAGUAUGGGUGCUGAAUGCUGUAGCUGCUGUGCAUGUUACUGCUGCUGCUGUUGUUGGCAAGAAGAAAGUAACAGGGCUAGUUUUGGCAACCGAGGGACAAGAGCCCAGAAUUUUUCUCAUGUCCCCCAGAGAAACACCACAUGGCAACAUCAAGGAAAGUACCCACAAAACAGCACCCCCCAUCUUUCAAGGGAAGUGAGUUGUAGCACUGUCUGCAACACAAUAGAUUUAAGCACUUCUUCUGGGAGUGUCCCUCAGGCGCAUCAAUACCCUCAACAGCAGCGCCAUCACCUCCAACAAUCAGCCAGCCAAGAAAUGACAAACAUGAAUUACAGUCCUCGUGUAAGUGGACAGCGUCAAGGAUAUAAUCAGACGGAUGCACAACGACAUACAACGCCAGUUUGAUAAUAAUUUCGGCUACAUUGCUCUAGCGAAAUAUGAAAUAAUUGGAGAUAGAUACAAAAUAUCUAGAUUAAACGAAAGAUUGAGAUUUCAAGAAAAUACUGCAAACAAGUAAACAUUAGCCUAAUAAAGUUGCUGUUCACUUUACGUGCUGAUAAAAGAUUCCUAGUCCCCGAAAUUUAGGAAGAUGACCGUUUCUGUUUUGAUAUAGUUAGCUAAGUGUUAGUAGAUGGAUAUUUUGAUAAUUUUUCACCGAUAACAGAUUGGGGUAGAUAUCUUUGUGUGCCACUGCUUCAGCUGUUGCUAAUUAGUGAUCUUGGACAAAUUUCCAAGUAUAUACAAAGGACUUACAAAUAAAUGGCAUUUCUCAUUACUUACCUCUGAACCAUUUAAAGAAAUAAGAUCAUUUCAAAAACACUGAUGAUUUGCGUUCUGAAGUCUUGCAAAGUUUCCCUGAAAAAUACAAAGAAAAAUAUUUCCAUGUAUCAUUUUUGUCUAAAACCUAAGACUUGUCGUUCCCAAACAACAAGUGGAGGCUAUGUAAGAAGAGAAAGUGCUGCCAUUAACAUACCAGUGCCAAUAUCCAGUGCUCAAAAGAUUUUAUUUCUCCCUAAUUUUACUUGUUUCUAGCUGAGUGUAAGGCACUUCGAAUAAAUAGAAUAUAAUGGGAGUUAUGUUUCUAACCUUCCAAACAUCCUAUAGUCUGUCAUGGUACUGAUUAUGUAUAUUGAAAAAUUUAAAUCCUAAAUCCACGAAUAUUUUUUUGCAUGAGACAUCCAUGCAGUAAACAGAAUAACAAGAUAGAUCACUAAUGUCAAAACAAAAAUCCGCAGAUAGAUAUUAUCCAUUAAAAAUACACGCAUCUUUUUUUCCUGCGGACAU